AUGGACAGAAGCUCCCAUGAAUACCACGCCCACAUCUCGACCAUCUUGAAGGCGCCCAGCCUUAUCCAUGGCGCUCCUCAGUACCCAAACGUCCACAAGGCCUUCAACCACGACCACAGAGCCUACUACGAAGAUCUGCAGCAGCCCAAGCCCAAGCCCAAGAAGCGGGUCCAGUUGAUGGAUCCAGCUGCUGGUCAUGUGGCGUACGAGGCGCAAGUUGUUGAUUAUGAUGAUGAUGAGAGUAGUGUUGAUUCUGAAGCUGAUGGGUUCAUCCAGCACAAGGUUGUCAAACCGGUUUAUACCGUUGUGCCGGUUUGGCAAGUGGAAUGGUACGACCGGUGGUAUAACCAGUUUGUGCCAGUUCAUGCCGGUCUAAAAAAAUAUGAAAACAAUUAA